UAGUACUUGACAAACUUUAAUAUCUUUUUUAUUAUAUAUUUUUAUUACAUGAAAAUUCACUUUUUUCACAUAAAAGCAUAAAAAAUUUCGACUUUCUCAGCGUCUAACAAAAAAUUCACGGUUAUUCUUUAAUUUAACACAAUUAGAAGAUUGGUUUAUUAAGUUAGGACAUGUGCGCAUUUAGAAGCAUAAUUAUGAAAUCGCGACGGAUCAGGUAUUUGUCGUAUCCUCGAGAGCGAAUCGAUUGGAGCAAGCCAGAAUGGAGGUUAACCACAGCGUUGAGGCGUUACAGGCCAACUAAGCGCAUAAUUCAGCUGGCAGAGCCGGUCAAUCGUGGAAUAGGGAAGGUCUAUUCAAUCUCGUCCGAAAAGAAACUUAAAAACACGAUAACUUACCAACCUUCACAACGUAUUUUGGAAUUGGCGGUCCCGCCAGUGAAACCGUCGGGUAAUAGAGACAAACGAAAAAAUCCCUAUCGCAUACCACCGAAAGCAUUACGCGCCAAACCCACAGCUCGUCUACUGGAGCUAGCAGAACCAAAGGAGCACGAUUACCUUGAACCCCUUAACCCUUGGUCCAUAUCAAAAUCAGCACUAAGAGCUAAGGCGUCUCAAAGAAUCGAAAUGCUCUCCAAACCCAAGAAAUACAACUAGUAAACCAUAUAAAAUUUCUGUUUCAAAUCAUUCGUUAUGGAUCAGAAAAAACCGAACGAUAUGUCGCGUAGCUAAAUCUAUUUAAUAUUAAACUUUCGUAAUUAAAAA